GUGUCACAACAAAGCAAAGUGUACAAUGAUCAAGCGGUAGGAGGAGUCAACAAACUGCAUUAAAUACGUGAAUGUGGGAGUGCAAAUUUAAUUGAUAACGAAAAAACGAAAAUUAACUUCAUUAAUAAACGUAAAAUAAAAACCAAAAUUAUUCAUAUAUAAAUAAGAAGUAAAAUAGCAUGAAUGAACUGAAAGCACCGUCUCUCCAAUCGCUUUUGGAGUCGGAUCGUGGAUCUAGUGACAGUUUGCUUGCCGAAUCACUGCUUGGUAUUGACGAUUUGGAUGAUGUGGAAUAUUCAAUACCGCCAAGUGGUGAAUUGCCCACCUUAGAGUCGGCAUUAAGUGAAUUUGAAGCAGAUUCGGACAUAGGUUCAGAGUUGGGCGUACCAACACCGGCACCAACACCUACGCCCUCAUUAGCAGAAGAGGGUGGAGUUCGCAAUGGCGGGGCAGGCGGAGGCGGUUCUAUAAUGCGUUAUGCGAUGAUGCAUGGAGUAUCUGCACAAAUUGCGUCAGCUGCGGAUCGGGUAAAUGCUGGACUUGCAACUGCAUGCGCCGUAUCAACAUUAAUCGGCAUUGGUACCUCACACGGUCACAUACUCAAUUUUGAUAUAACACAGACACUACGCUGGGCACAUCAGGACAAACAUGGGCAAGGUGCCGUAUCUGCAUUGGCAUAUAAUCCAGACUGUACACGUCUAUUAGCUGGUUAUGCACGCGGACUUGUUGUAAUGAUUGACACACAAUCUGGGGACGUUUUACGCAACCUAUUUGACGUGAUUACUCCGAACACCGGAGUUUUGCAUAUAAAAUGGACCUCCAGACCGGCACUCGCUCUCUGCUCUGAUUCAGGGGGUUCUGUAUGGUCCUUGAGCUUUACCAGAAAAUUAGGUAUUCGUGGUUGCUCGUCACGAUGUCUUUUCAGUGGAGCACGUGGAGAAGUUUGCACCAUGGAACCAUUGAUGAUUGAUAGUUCUCAUGAACUCGAUCAAUAUUGCAUUAUUGCUCUGGCCACUUUAUCAAAAUACUUUAUUGUAACUAUACGUCCACGACUAAAGGUAAUAAAAUAUCAUGCACUACAGGGGCCAGCUGAUUGCUUACCCGUACUGGCAUGGCAAAUGGUUCUAAUUCAGGCAGCAGACGCUACGCGUUCAGUUGACCCAGUUAUCGUAGUAGGACGUGGCAAUCAAUUGUUUUUCCAUCAACUUUUUAUGGCAAAUGGGCGUAUUACUUUACUAUAUUUGCGACAUGUGCAAAUGCAGACAAAUUUACUAUCGGUUCAUUGGUUGGGCCCAAAGUGUGUCGCUUGCAUGGAUGUAUCGGAAAUACUACAUCUAAUAGAUGUGCGUUCCAGCAAAGAACUUGAAUGCAUCGAUAUGGCCAAUGCUGGCUUGGUUUAUGGUUCAGCUCAAUUCAAGGGACUCGCGACCGGCGGUAAUGUAUCACCGGCUUUAGCUUUAGCCGGAACACAUGCAUGUUACAAUUCUUUAAUGUCGCGCGGUACACAAUUAUAUAUUUUGGGUGCAAGAUCUUUACAUAUGGUUGCUGUACGCACGUGGACGGAGCGCAUUAGCUACUUGGUGAAAAAUCAGAGAUGGCAAGAAGCAUGUGAUCUCGCGCUGGAUGGUUAUCGUGCCACUGCUGAGCGUCCGCGACGUAAAGCACAAGCAAAAGAGCGAAUUAUAAUGUUAUUUAAGGAGUAUUUGGCUGCUUCGGCCAGAGCGCCUGAUUACUGUCUCGGACCAAUUGUGAAGUGUCUGAUCACAAUAGGUGAACUGGAUUUACUAUGGACACAAUUGUGGGAACGUUUACAAAAUAAAAGCCUUUAUCUACAACAUAUCACUGAGCAUAUAGAAAAUGAUAAUAUUCAACGUGUCAACCCAACAAUUUCACAAGCAUUGGUAGAUCAUUGGUUGGAAAUCUCACCAACAAAAUUAGAGGAAAUUAUACUUAAACUCGACUGGACCUGUCUGGAUUUGAAUCAAGUGCUAAAAGCAGCCAAACGUUAUAAGCUUUAUCGCGCACAAAUCUACCUCAAUACACAUGCGCUUAACGACUACUCAAGUCCGCUUACCGAAUUGAUACCGUUGGUAGCGCAAGAACCAUCAGGGCUUGGAAACUCGCUGCUCGUGUACAUAUCAAGUUGCCUAGCCGGACGUGGUUAUCCAAGUGGUGAAAUACCAGCCGAUUUAGUUCAAAAUGUGAAGCAUGAGGUUCUACGCUGCUUAACUUCGCUACAUUCAAAUACUAGUGUGCCGAAUGAACUGCCAUAUCCUUACUUGCGUGCUCUACUCAAAUUUGACACAAGAGAAACCUUAAAUGUGAUUUCGUUAGCUUUUCAGGAGAAGGAAUUCAGUGGUGAACUUGGUUUCUCGCAUCGCAAACGCAUAAUUAACAUACUCUUAGAAAUAAUGACACCUGAGAACACAACGUGGGCAGAGAUUGGAUGCCUUUUAAAUUUUAUUGCCCAGCAAAUAUCACAACAAUGUCUAAAACCCGACACUCAGCUGCUGGAGAAAGUGCUCAAUCACUUGGCGAAAGAAAAAAUCACGAACGAAACUACACGACAACAUUCUGAACGCGAGAGCGCUUGGCAUGAGCUGCUCAUUAACAAUUGUCUAGAUGAAAUCAGCACGGAUGAGGAACAAUUGCUGCUGGCGAAGCGCGCACAUUGCUACUAUGUGCAGGAAUACCUACUAGAGAAGUUGCACCGUUACGACGAUAUUGUUGAGUGUUAUCUGAAUAAUGAACAGCGUCAUGACACCAUGUUUAGCUAUAUGGAACGCCAUGUGCAUCAACCAGAGCGUAAAAUAUACGAACAAAUUGAGAAACACUUCAAACGCAUGCUGGACAUCAAUGCCAAGGAAACAACGCGCUUAGCAGACUUCCAUUUCAGCGCGAAAAUUAACAAAUUACUGGAAGUGGUGCAAGAUGAUGAGCAAGCGUUAUUAACUUUUCUCGAGCAUUUACACCGCAGAAGAUAUGUUCUAACUGCCAAACAGAGUGCACAAUUGCUGGCACUUUUGUGCAAAUAUAAAGCAGUGGAGGUCGAUGAAUUUGUACGGCAAUCGGAUGAGUAUCGUGUAGAAGAGGCAUUGAGCUUAGUUUUAGCGCAUAAACUAAACAAAACCGCUAUCUAUUUGUAUGAAAAGCAAGCCAACUAUCACAACGCAUUCGAGUUGUCCGUAGAACUCUUGGCCACUCUACACGGUGAAGCGGCGGCAACUUUUGCACAAGAAAUAAGCGACUUGUGUGUGCGUGCCACAAAUGCGCUGCCAAAAACGGAUUGUGAACAAUUUUGGUUUACGCUAUUGCAGCAAAUAUUGCCACGUGAUGACCUCAAAUCCAGUACGAAGCAUAUGUUGCAUUUAUCGUCGCAAUAUGUUGAUUUGCCAAAACUCGUGCAACUUGUGAUGAACACCCGCAAUAUGUCGGGUAAUUUCGGUGAUAUUAAAGAUUUGCUAAUGAGUAUGCUGUCACAAUCUCGUCUUGAGACGGAUACCAUGGAGAAAGCGCUACAAGUGAAAGGUCAAGAGCUAGCAAGCGCUUUUGCACGUAAACGUACUGAGGCUAAACGCGGUCUCCUCGUGUCAGCGAUGCGUUGUGCCAUUUGCCAACAACGUUUGUAUAAUCAAAGUGAUAUACUUGUCUUAGGUGGCUGUGGACAUGCUGUACAUGACACAUGUGCCACAACAUAUAAUGAAACAGUGCAAUCGCGUCUAAAUAACGGUGAUGUUUCGCAAAUGACGCAAGCUGAUAAUGAUGCAGCAAACGGCAUUCAUGUUUCAUGUUCGCAUUGCUUAUCGGAAAUAAAAAACAAUCUUUAUAAUAAUAUAAUGAAACUAUCCGAACCAAGUCGUACAGUUUUUCGUCACUGCGAAUCGGCUCUUAAUAUACAGCAAAAUGUUAAUCAGAUGGGUGUUUUGAAAUUAAAAGCACCACCACGAAAGUUUACUUGCAACUAAUAUAGUGAAAUGUUAAAUAUUCAAUUUUGUAGUGCUUUGUUUAACAACUCAUAAAUAACUGUGUAUUUGUUUUGCAAUUCAUAAAUAACUGUAUCGGUUUUGCUAGUAUUGAUUAUUUAAAGAACAAUGUGGAAAGUUAAAUAUGCAAUCCUGUAGUGGUUCGUUAUAAAUAACUCUGUAUCUGUUUUGCUACUAUUGAUUAUUUAAAUAAUUUUUCAUCUGAAGUAAUUGGAAAUUGAUCUGGAAAUUAUUGGACAUUAGCCUGGAAAUUUUGUUUAGAAAAUAAUUAUAAUAAUCAUAAAUUUUUGCAAGUUAAAUUAAAUUAAAUCGAAUAAAAAGAUCAAAUAUUUUUAUAGGCACAAUAUGCAAGGGAUUUCCUCAGAUUUCCGUACCUUAAAAUUAAAUUAAUUUCCAUACAUAAGCAAAUCCAAUACAUUUCAGCAAAAUUAAAGUAAAAGUUAUUUAAUUAGCAUAUACAUAUUGAGCCCAAAAGGCAAAAUCUUAUUUGUUUUAUGUUGUAGAUUUCAUCUCAAACAAUAACUUGGUUUUUUGUAUUACUGUUUUUCAUAUUGUUUCCUUUCAUCCUAAUUUUCAUUAAGCGAAUGUUAUAGGUUAUGUGAAAAAAAAAUUGUGUAUAAAAUGAAAGUGAUUCAGUAUCUUAUACUGAUUAGUUGAUUUGUUUUUGUUUUUGAAGAAAUAAUUAUAGCAACAUAGAUAAAAGCAUUUGUUAUUCAAUUAAUCACUUUUCACAGCACUCGGUAUUUGUUCUGCGCAUUAUUAAGCCAACAGUAUUCCUUGCUAACUAAUUACUUACUGCAAACUAUAAUUUUUCAAAUAUGUUAUCAUAAGUUGUAUAAGUCACAAAAAUACAUUGUAAGUUUUGUUUAAGCUUUAAUACGUGUGUAUGUAUGUACGAUAAUAAUAAUAAUAAUCGAAAUUAUUCGAAAAAUGCUUGUAUUGCAUUUGAAAUGAAAUUAUAUAUACAAUACUGUAACUGAACUAUCAAUUAAUUAAUUAAAACACAAACCGAAUGUAGUUAAAUAUAAUUAUUUACAUAAAAUGAACUAUUUGUGUUUUGAAAUGCGAAAAACGUUUAACAUUACGCUGAUAGCUCUUUUGGAUAUAAAUUGCUAUAGUAUUGCACAAAUUCAGCACAUUGCUCGGCUAAAACGAAAAA